UGCGCGUCCGGGGAUGCCUCCACCGCUCUGCAAGGCCAACGCCGCCUAUCGGAAACUCGACGGCGUCCUCGAGCUCACUGCGUCUCAUCUCCAAUGGACUCAGCGCGGCAAGAAGGCGCCCGCGGUGAGGGUACCCUGCGUCGAGUGCGCCACCUUAUCAGUCAGUAGGGAGGCCGCUGCGCAAGUGAAGCUCAAAGUUGGACUGGUCGGCAACGAUGCAGGGCACAACUUCACGUUCACAUCGACCCCGCAGACUGUGGCGCUCACCGAGCGGGAGUCAUUCAAGCGGGAGCUCACAAACAUAAUCGCGCGCAACAAGUCGCUGGCGACCUCUGCGGUUCCAUCUCUUGCGCUGCCUGGGUCUGGGACGCCGUUGACUGCGUCGGCCAGCAAUGCACCGACACCAAAACCGAUGGUUAUACCUGCCAAGGUGCCUGACACGCGCACGGCGAGCCUGCAGCGCAGCGAGAGUGUCGUACCGAGUGCGAGAGGAAGCCCGACCCCCGCACCCGGCCCGGGUCUUAGCCAGGAAGAUUUCAGGUUGAGGAAGAAGGUGCUCCUGGCCCAUCCAGAGCUCGCCACUUUGCAUCGCGAGCUGGUCAUGACUGGGCAAAUUUCGGAGGCUGAGUUUUGGGAAGGAAGACAGCACCUCCUCGCAUCCUACCAGCUAUCCUCCUCGCAAAAACGCGGCCGGCCGGGCACUAUCGUUGAUCCCCGCCCGGAGACGGUUGACGGCGAUAUCAAGAUUGUCAUUACUCCUCAGCUCGUGCACGACAUCUUUGAAGAGUAUCCCGUCGUCGCUCGUGCAUAUAGCGAGAACGUGCCACAGAAGUUGACUGAGGCGGAGUUUUGGAAACGCUACUUUCAGUCCAAGCUCUUCAACGCACACCGCGCCUCGAUCCGCUCCUCAGCGGCACAACACGUCGUCAAGGACGAUCCGAUCUUUGAUAAGUACCUCGAGAAGGACGAUGACGACCUCGAGCCUCGUCGGCUGCGUGACGAGCGCGUCGACGCAUUCAUCGACCUCGGUGCGACCCAAGAAGAUCAUGGCGAGACCGGCAACGAACGCGAUGUCACGAUGCAAGCAGGCCGGCAGCGCGCGACGCUCCCUCUCAUACGCAAGUUUAACGAGCAUUCCGAGCGCUUGCUCAAGUCCGCUCUCGGGGACGAGCCUCCCUCGAAGAAACGCAGGUUAGCUCCAGACCCCGACAACGCCGGACUGGAAGACUACUACGCCCAGAUUGAUCUCGAGGAUUUGCACGAUCCAGAGUCAGCGAGCGGUAUCGCGCUCGAGAUGCAGGAUCGGCAACGCUACUUUGAGGCGAAGAUGGCCGGCGCGGACGGCAAAGAAUCCGAAGAAGUAGAUAUUCAAACCGCGCUAAGAGAGUCUAAGGUUUCGUUGGACGACUGGGCGAGAAACCUGACUGAGCUGCGAUUCGACAAGAAAUCGGGCGAAGCAGCACUCGCGGCGAUGACGCAGAACGUGGCCGCGCGAUUGGACACGAAGACUCGAAAAAAUGACAUACCUGAGCACCUCUUUCGCCAGUUGACGACCUGCCAGACGGCGGCGAAUGAGUUCCUACGGCAAUUCUGGUCGGCGAUCUAUCCGCCGCCGUCAGACGCGCCGGUGCUCUCUGCAUCGACGCCGGCGCAGAAGGCGGCUAAGGCGGCUAAAAUGGCGGGAUAUCUAUCCAAAACGCAGGAGAAGGUCGACGCCCUCGUCAGGAUGGCGACGGCAGAAGGUGUUGACCCCUCCAAGGUUGAAAUCGCUAUGAACCCUGUUCUUAACGCUGUCAACCAUGCGCUGGCAUUCCAUCGGACUAGACAAGCUAAGACAGGACGGUAGUGUACGAUUCUUGAUCCCUUUGGAGGUGAUCACAUGUAGAACAAACCCACGUUACCAUCGCUUUCCCGGUACACAUCGAUUAGUGUAAAUUCACCGUAGUUCACCCAUACAUCGUUUUAGUCUGACAUUGCACCAUCCGCAAGCUGU